AAUCCGGGGUCGCGGGGAGCGAGCCGAGCGCCGCCAUGACGCGCGCCCUCCAGGGCUGUAGGUGGCGCCAACAGGGCCGCGCGGCGCCUCUCUUCCCGAAGCCGCCCCCAGGCCGAAGCGGUGGAGCUCCGAGCGUGAGCUCGUCGCGCGGUCGAUUGCUUCGGCCUGGUGACGUGUUAUGCCGGCGUCCGUGGUGGCUCUGCCGGCACAACCCGGGUGGUGCGAGAUGGCGCCGGGGAGGCCGCCGUCUUCGAGGUGGCGGACGGGAGGGUCGGCGGCGCGCGGGGAGGAAACGCGUCCGCUCGGAUUCAAGAGCCAGACUGGGAAACGCAGGACCAGGCGGCCCAGCCACCAGCAAGCCUUCCCCGGGAGUAUCCGCGAGGGACAAGGUUUCGCAUUCCGGAGGAAACUGAAGAUCCAGCAGAGUUACAAGAAGUUGCUCUGGAAGGUAAAGAAGGCGCCAGCGUCCCAGGACUCGCAGUUCGUCGAUCGUUACCCAGAGCAUCUGAAACACCUCUACUUAGCCGAAGAAGAAAGACUCAGGAAACAGCAGAGAAAGGCUGGCCUGCCCAGGUCAGAAGAACAGGCUGAGGAGCCCGUGCCUGAGGACAGGGACUGCAACACCAACCCCGAGGGGCCUGUGUCUGAAGAGCAGUCUAGUGACUGCCCUCCGCAGCCGGAACAGCUGUCUGCACUAAAUUCUGUUACUAGUCCAAAGAAAAAGAAAAAGAAGACUUCAAACCAAAAGGCACAAGAAGAGUAUGAGCGGGUACAAGCAAAGCGUGCUGCUAAGAAAUUUGAAUUUGAAAUGCGAAAGCAAGAAAGAGAAGAAGCUCAACGACUUUACAAAAAGAAAAAAAUGGAAGCUUUCAAAGUUCUGAGCAGAAAGACUAAAAAGGGCCAGCCAAACUUGAAUUUGCAAAUGGAGUAUCUUCUUCAGAAAAUACAAGAAAAGAGUUAGAUUAGACAAACUGUCUUUAUGGAUUCAUUUUGACUGACAGUUGCAGCUUUUUGUAUGUGUAUUGGGAGCACCUAACAGUGAACUAAAUUUGUUGACAUCAAUGGACUGGUGAAUUACAUUUUUGUUUUUGUAAUAGAAAAAAAAAUCAUAUAUUUUUUCCACAAAGAAUGACUUUAUCCUGAAGAACUUUAAAAACCCUCAGUGGAAUUUGAAAUAAACUGUUUUGAAAUAGGAGACUCCCAGUGAGCAUUUCAGUGAUGUAA